GAUUCCACUUAAUUCCACCAUGGACGCAGCUGAGGCCCAAAAGCAGAUUCAACAGAUGGUUAACUUCAUCCUCAAUGAAGCCAAGGACAAGUCUGAAGAGAUCGAGGCUAAGGCUAUGGAGGACUUCAACAUCGAGAAGCUGAAGCUUGUCCAGCAGAUGAAGGAGAAGGUCAGGAAGGAGUAUGCCCAGAAGGCUAAGAAGAUUGAGACUCAGAGAGCUAUUGCUCGCUCCACUGCUAUCAACCGUUCUCGAUUGCAGAAAAUCGGUGAGCGUGAUGCUAUGCUCCACAAGGCUGUUGAUGAUGCUAUUGCCGAGCUCUCUGCUUAUGCCAAGACUCCCGCCUACAAGACCACUGUGACCAACCUCAUUGUCCAGGGUUGCUUCUCUCUUCUUGAGCCCGAGGUCACCAUUCGUUGCCGUCAGGAGGAUAUGGCUCUUGUUGAGAGUAUCAUCCCCCAGGCUCAGAAGAUCUACGCUGCCGAGAUCGCCAAGCAGGCUAAGGGCACUACCAAGGCUGUUGUACUCACCCUAGAUAGGAAGAACCCUCUCAAGGGCAAGGCUGGUGGUGUUGUGCUUAGCUGCAACGACGGCAAGAUCCGUGUUGAUAACACUCUGGACGCUCGUCUUCGUCAACUUGAGGAGAAGGACAAGCCUAAUCUGCGUAAGGUCCUCUUCCCUAUUGAGGCCUAAGGUGUGCCAUUAUUAUUACCAUUGCUCCCUACCCGGUCGUUUUGUCCAUCCACUAAGUGGCGACUAUCAUCAUCACCUUCUGUCGGCGGCGGUCGUCGUUGUAGAAUAGUUCUGCAAUAGGCCCUCGUAUUGGGGUGGUUUUCCGUGGUUGUUAUUGUUGGUGGCGAUGGCUUGAGUAACUACAGUGAGGCUACUUGUCUCAAUUUCAACAAUACAGUUUCGUAUUCACGAGUA